AUGUACAGUAAUGAAGAAAAAGAAUAUUGUAUUGGAGAAAUUGACUUCUUGGCUACCGGAAAGAAACAGGGAAAGUUUCUUAAGGUUCCAUGUGCCAUCCAUCCUGAAGUUAUUUUUGACCUCAUGAGUAAAAAGUGGAACCUUCCUGCUCCCAAUCUGGUGGUCUCUUUUGUUGGAGAAGAAGAACACUUUCAGAUGAAAUCUUGGUUACGUGAUACAUUGAGGAAAGGAUUGGUUAAGGCUGCCCAAAGCACAGGUGCUUGGAUUUUUACAAGUGGUCUGCAUGUUGGAAUAACAAAACACAUCGGGCAAGCAGUCCAAGAUCAUAUGUUGACAAGUACUUCGUCUACAGUAAAGGUAGUUGCAAUAGGAAUAACUUCCCUGGAGAAAAUACAGCAGAGAGAUCUUCUGGAUAAUGUCAAGAAUGACAUUCUCAUAAGCCACAAAACUGAUAAUAAUGUCCAAGGGCCUUUGUAUUCCCUUGACAAUCACCAUUCCCAUUUCAUUUUGGUGGAAGAGAGUGAGCCAGAUGGGAUAACAAAGCUACAACUUACCUUGGAGAAACAUAUUUCAGAACAGCGUACUAACUAUGGAGGAACAGGUAGCAUUGAAAUCCCAGUUCUCUGUUUACUUGUGAAUGGAAGACCUCACAUUCUUGAGCGAAUUUUCAGGGGGUUGAAAAAUUCUAUCCCUUGUCUUAUUUUGGCUGGAUCUGGUGGUAUAGCUGAUAUCUUAGCUGCCCUGAUGAGUGAGCCACACUUAAUUGUGCCAGAAGUAGUAGAAAAACAAUUAAAACAAAAGUUCCCCACAGAAAAUUUCACUUCGAAUGAGACUGAACAUUGGACUGAAAUGAUCCGAAGAAUUAUCACUCAGGAGCAGCUUCUAACUAUGCAUUACUUUGAACAAGAAGGUUCAGAAGAAUUGGACACAGUUAUUUUGAAAGCCCUGGUUAAAGCUUGUAAGAGUCAUAGUCAGGAAGCUCAAGAAUACCUGGAUGAACUCAAGCUGGCUGUAGCCUGGAAUAGAGUGGAUAUAGCUAAAAGUGGAAUAUUCAAUGGAGAUGUGGAGUGGAAGUCAUGUGAUUUAGAGGAAGUGUUGAUGGAUGCCCUGGUGAAUGAUAAGCCAGAGUUUGUGAAAUUGUUCAUUGAUAAUGGGGCCAACAUAUAUGACUUCCUAACAUAUAGCCGUCUUCAGACCCUGUACUGUAACAUUUCCUCAAAGUCUCUCCUCCAUAAGCUUCUAUUUAAAAAACAUAACAAGGAAGAUGUCUUCACUCUUCAUGAAGUUUCCAGGGUACUGAAAGAUUUUCUACAUGAUGCCUGCAGAGGUUUUUACCAUGACAAAAAACCUGGAGGAAAGAAGAAAGUGGACAAGACAAAUGCAAGGAAGUUCUCAAGUCUUGAUAUGAAUCAGAAAAGUGAAAAUCCUUGGAGAGAUUUAUUUUUAUGGGCAGUGCUUCAAAACCGGCACGAGAUGGCGCACCUCUUCUGGGCUAUGGGUCCAGAAGGAGUUGCUGCAGCUCUGGCUGCUUGUCAAAUAGUACGACAGAUGUCCCACUUGGAAACCAAAGCAGAAGUGGUGCACAGAAUGAAAGAAGCAAAAUAUGAACAGCUUGCAGUGGAAUUGUUCAGCGAAUGCUACCAUGACAGUGAAGAGCGAGCUUUUGAUUUGCUGGUGAGGAAGAAUCGAUAUUGGAGCAAAACAACUUGUCUCCACUUGGCCACAGAAGCAGAUGCCAAGUACUUUUUUGCACAUGAUGGGGUCCAAGCAUUUCUCACAAAAAUUUGGUGGGGAGAUAUGUCAACAUCCACCCCAAUUUUGAAUCUGAUCUGUGGAUUUGGGUGCCCUUUACUGAUUUACACCAACUUGAUUUCAUUCAGUGAGGAGACACAGUCUGUGGAGGAUUCAGAGUCAUUCAAAGAUCUUGACAGUCUUGAUACAGAAAGGACUUUGCUGUCCUACACAAAAACGAAGACUGAUGCCAGAUUAGAAGCAGAACCUGCCUCUGGGAAUAUUGUCUAUGUGACAUUUAUGUUUACACGCUGGAAAAAAUUCUGGACUGCUCCUAUUACAGUUUUUAUGGGGAACGUUGUUAUGUAUUUUGCUUUUCUCUUUCUAUUUGCCUAUAUCCUCUUAGUGGAUUUUAAACCUCCACCUAAAGGUCCCGCUACAAAGGAGAACAUACUCUACUUCUGGGUCUUUACAUUAGUCUUGGAAGAAAUCAGACAGAGUUUCUUUGUGGAUGGAGGCAUGAAUCUAAUAAAAAAAUUCAAGCUCUACGUAGAAGAUAAUUGGAACAAGUGUGAUAUGUUGGCGAUUUCCUUGUUCAUCACUGGAAUCACUUGCAGAAUGUUUAACUCAACCUUUCACGAUGGUCGAACGGUACUCGCAAUUGAUUUUAUGGUGUUCACUCUGAGACUGAUUCAUAUUUUUGCCAUUCAUAAACAAUUGGGCCCAAAGAUUAUCAUUGUGGAAAGAAUGAUGAAGGAUGUUUUUUUCUUUCUCUUUUUCCUGAGCGUGUGGCUUAUUGCGUAUGGGGUAGCCACGCAAGCGUUGCUUUAUCCUGAUGACAGUCGUGCUGAGUGGAUUUUCAGGAGGGUCCUUUAUCAUCCCUAUCUUCAAAUAUUUGGACAAAUUCCACUGGAUAAAAUAGAUUCAUCUCGCAUGGAUUUUGAAAACUGCACAUUGGGUCAGCAGAGGAACCAGACAGCGAGUGACUUCUCAUGUCCCAGUGCCUAUGCUAAUUGGCUGGUCAUAAUACUCUUAGUCAUUUUCCUACUGGUUACAAAUGUGCUGCUUAUGAAUCUCUUAAUUGCCAUGUUCAGUUACACUUUUCAGGUUGUUCAAGGAAAUGCAGACAUCUUCUGGAAAUUUCAGCGAUACAAAUUGAUUGUUGAAUACCAUGGUCGUCCUGCAUUUGCUCCUCCUUUUAUCAUUAUUGAUCACAUUAAACUAUUUCUCAGAAAACUUCUUAAGAAAACCGAACACAAAAAAGAACAUCUGGAAAGAGACAUUCCAGAAGAACAGGAUAAAACAUUAAUAACCUGGGAGAUGCUCCAGAAAGAAAAUUACCUGGCAAAUUUGGAAACAAAGAAAAAAGAAAGCAAUGAGGAAAAACUGAAGAAAAUGUCAUACAAGGUAGACAGCCUUUUGAAGAAUUUUAGUGGUCUAAAAGAGCAAGAGAAACAGCUUAGAUCUUUGGAAUCACAACAGGCCAAACUCAAACUACAAACACGCACUGAUCAAAUGAUUGAACCAGAAAAUGAAGACGGGGUAGAUACCAGUUUGAUGAUGUGAUGUAUAUCGAUGAUUGUAAAAGAUCAUUUCUCCAUAUAAUUUUGUCAAUUCAAAUACCUAAUGGAUAUUUUCUUUUAAUGUCAGAGCGCCACCGUGUCAUAACUACAUAAUGCCUUCCCUUUAAAUUAUGUCCAAUGUGUUUCCUGUAAAUUAUCUACUGAAAUCUCAAAAAUAUUACUUACUUUUUAUUCCAAUCUUCACCAUUAAAAUAAAUGUUACGCUGUGACUCUGUAAAUUUAUUUAGACCAAAGCUUUCAAUAUUUUAACCAAGGAACAUUUACAUACCUUGAGCUUUACAAUUAUCCUUCCUUGAUAUAGUUGUACACAGUAUUCAUUGAUCUGCUUCCCUCAUAUUGUGCCUUUCCUCUUUAAGUUAAUUAUAUAUUACUAGUGUAGUUAAUUUCCAAUCUUGUUAUUUUCCACUAAUCAUGAAUUAACAGUACAUUACCUUUAAUUCUUUUGUCAUUGUAGUACAAAAUAGUUUCAAUCCAAAUAUUUAAUAAGUCUUUUUUGUAUAAUUAGACUGUGUUAGGCAUUGUAAUAUAUAGGUAGUCCCAAUUUAGCAGUUGACCCAGACAGCGACCGCAGUUAAAACUGUGAUGAAAAAAUAACUUUGUGACCAAUGGCCGCAUUUAUGAUCUUUCAGGACUUUAAAGCAAAAGAAAGAUAAAGUAAGAUAAUAAGCAUUGCUGAAAUUUCACUUAGUGAUUGCUUUGUUAAUGAUUGAGUUACCAUUUCCAAUUGUGAUAGCUAAAUAAGCAUUACCUAUAAACAGGAAUAAAACUUUUUUCCCCCAACCAAUGCAUUUAUUCAUGACCAAACAUGCCAAGGUUAGAGUAAUGCUGGGGUAGGUGUACAAGAGAACUUUAGCUGAAUGAGAUGGCUUCCUUAAAUGUGAAAGUGUGACAAGUAGGAAAGGGCUAAUGGGUAAAAAGGGGUACCCUAAGAGUAGAGAGAAAACUAGCUUUUGACACAAAUGGGUAGCUGCUAACAUGCAGGUACAGAAUUUUCAACCUAAUUAAGCAGUUGUUCCCAAUUUUAAUUGACACCAAAAAUAUCAAAUGGAUAUUCUGCUAGAAAUACUAUUCUAAGCUCCUUUAUUCUUACAUAAACAGUUUGGCCGACACAAAUCCAUGUACUUUAGAGUUUAGAAGAAGCUUCCAAGUAUGGAGGGGAAAAGAUCUUUUACUUUUCAAGGAAGUUGUGGCAAUUCAACAGUCUGAACCAAUCAAGUCUAAGUAUGGCUUGGUUGGUUUAUUUUAAUUUUAGAAAGCAUCUCUUCCAAUUCCUUAACACUUUUCCUAUGAUCUUAACAUACUGUAUGUUUACAUAUUCUCGUCUCUAGCCGAACAACAUAUGAGUUGUUAUAUUUCAUGCUUUUAUUUUAAUUCAUACUGUGAAAUAAUAUUGGUUAAACCUUU